UGAGAAGAACCUUUCUAAUUUCUAUAGCGUUUGCUUUUCAAGAUUUGAGAGAGUACACUCAAGUCAAGUAACCCCCACACAACACAAGCACUUUCUCUCUCCAAAAAGAAAGAAAAAAAAAUAAUGUAAGAUCUGAAGGAGCAAGAGAAGCAUGUGUUUUUGGCUCUUAUCAUGAGAUCUUGAAAAGAUUUAAUUUUGCUUCAGAAUUAUGUCCAAAGGCUUAAAGGUUUAUACUUUGAACUCCAAAACAAGUCAUUUUGAGAUUUGCAUCCUCUACAGCUGAAGAGAAUUUGGAGGAAUACUUCGAUGUGAAUGCAGUGGGUUCUUUUUUAUUUAUUUAUUUACUAUAUGUUUGUGUGAAAUCCAUUCGCCUCUUUUAAGCUUCUAAUUCUAAGAGAUUGAAAAUAAACAAAAUGGCUGGGCAGAUUGAAGAGCCCUUUAGCAUUAGCUUUCAGGCAGAUUCUUUACACUCAGGCUCUGUAUCAUUUGGAAGGUUCGAAAACGAGUCCUUGUCUUGGGAAAGGAGGUCAUCUUUCUCACACAAUAGAUAUCUGGAGGAGGUUGAGAAAUGCUCAAAACCAGGCUCAGUUAGGGAAAAGAAAGCUUACUUUGAGGCUCACUUUAAGAAGAAAGGUCUUUUAAGGCCAGAUUCAUUUGAGUACUAUAGCGGUACAGAAAAUCAUGGCAGCGAAAAUGGUGUUUCAGAUAGAAGCGAUUGCAGAGAGGAAUAUGAAUAUGGAAAUGAAGUGGGCCAUUAUUCUCACUUUUAUGAGAGCCCUGAAGGGUCAGAGUAUCAUGGAGACUAUGGAAACACCGAAUAUGACAGACAAGUUCCUUGUGAUCAAGCAUAUCUUAGCGGCUAUGAACCAACACAAUCUGAAAUACAAGAUCAGGAAGAGCAGGAGGAUCAUGGAGAUUAUGAAGUGAAAGAAUUUGAAAGAUCUGAUCAUGGGGAUUCGGAGAAUCACGAUGAGUAUGAAGUUACAGAAUACGAAGGAGAGGAUUCUGGGGUAUUGCUAUCGAAGCCUUUGACUGAACCUGCAAUGAAUGAUAGUGAUGUCUUGCUUGACUUUGGCUUUGUUGGUGGUGCUAAUUCUGAAGCACAUCAUUCCCAAACUAGCUGUGACAAGUUUACAUCAUCAAGCAAUGAUUCGGGACAAGUCAUUAAUCAGCUGCUCGAUGUUAAUGCUGUCGAGACUGAUGUCAAGAUUCCACAAAUAAUGAAAGUAGAGGAAGCUUGCUUUGAAAUUCAGAAAUCAUCUCACCAGAAGUUGCCGCCUGAAAUGGACUCAAAACCUUCCAAAUCCAAAGUUAUUUCACUCAACAAUCUGUCACUAGUUCAAAGAAACAUCUCGAAAGGUGUUUCUAAAGAUCCUGUAAAAAAUGUUAGGAGAAAGGGAAAGGAUGUAGGAAGGACAGAAAAGGCAAGCCAACAAUCAAAUCCUGCCAUUUCAGCACAUUCGAGAUCAGAUGAUUCAAGAGAUCCUAAUCACAAUUUUGUUCAUGAUAAUAAUAGUAAUAAUAAAAGGGGUGAAAAGGAAUCAAGGAAAAAGAAAGUUAGCGUGUCACGUCCUUCUUCUGUGAAAGAUGAAGCCACAGAGCAUCAAAUGCCUGACAGGCGCAACCAAGAAAAAACAAUGCUGGAUGAAAGGGCAAUGGGAUUUAAUUUCAGAUGUUACGAACGAGCACAAAGAAGAAAAGAGUUCUACAUGAAGUUGGAAGAAAAAUUGCAUGCGAAGGAAGUUGAAAUGAAUAAGAUCCAAGCAAAAACGCAGGAAAAGACAGAAGCUGAGAUCAGACGAUUCCGAAAAAGCCUCAAUUUUAAAGCAACACCAAUGCCAUCUUUCUAUAAUGUAGAUGGGAACAAGUUUGAAUCUACUAAGACCAAAAUGAGACCCAAGAAGUCAACAAGUUCAAGAAGUGGAGCUGCUUCAGAGCUGGAAUCAAAGUUGAAAGGUGAAAAUGACCAAGCUUGUACGCCCAGUGAUUCCUUACGGAAAUUUGUAACUCCAACCAACACAACGACUUCAGGAGAAUCUACAAGAAAAAGCAAUGUUGUCAAGAAGAAGAAUGCGACUGAGAAAGAUACCAUAAAGGUUGAUCGCCUCGUAACCGAGACUGCUACUAAGGUGUCAAAAGGCCAGAGAGUGCUGGACAGAAAGUCAAAAACUGAGGCCAAAAGAAAUGGCAAUGAGAGAGCGAAGAGGAGUAUGAAAAGUGUUGUUGGUGGAAUGAGUCAUGUGGCAGUUGGAGUUGAUGUUGCCUCUUGAAUACAAGUGAAUUUUUCCGAGUUGUAAAAGUACAUAUGGGUAUCCAUCAGAAUCACAGUGAUGAAUGAUAAGUAGCAGUGAUAUUUUAAAUUUUAGUUAGUGAAAUGUGAUUAUCUGAGCUGGGAAAUGGUGUUCGUGGUUUUCAUGUUUCUUCUUCUUUUGCUCGUCACUUUUGUGCAAAUCCCGCAUCGCUACUUGUGCAGCUUCUGAUUAAACAGUCAUGUAUAAUUUUUCUUUCACUAAUGAAACCAAUAACGCAGCACAAUAACUGAUUUACGAUAAUAGUAGUAAUUAUUAUUUUUUCUCAA